AUGGAGUUAAGCAUCGCCAGCCACAGAGGAAAGCAUGAGCCCGUCAUCGAGCAUAAAAAGGAGAAAGUCUUUGGACAAAAGACAGAUAAGCCGGUCAAGAAGCCUACCAAGGAAGCAAUGACAAUCAACAUUGUCCCGGUCAAAAUCUCCACCCGAGAUAAGAAGAGGGAAGUCAAAAGGAUGGAGUCAUCCCGAGAGGUAGAUAGACGUCGGCGCACCUUGAAGGAAUUGGAGGAGAAAACAUACCCUUUUCCUGACUCCGAUGUCGCAGGUAUGCUUGAGGAUUUGCUGGAAAAGAAGGUGAUCGAAUUGUCGGAAUGUAAGCGGCCUGAGGAGAUGAACCGGGUCAACGACCCUAAAUUUUGUAAAUACCAUAGAAUUGUCAGCCAUCCAGUAGAAAAGUGCUUCGUGUUGAAGGAGCUAAUUAUGAACUUAGCUAGGCAAGGAAGGAUCGAGUUAGAUGUUGACGAAAUUGCAGAGGUGAACGUUGCCACAAUUGUGUUCGGAUCCUUUGAUCCGGUGCCGUUGCCCGUAUUGUCAAAAAGAUCGGAGUUUCAAUCUACAAGGGGCAUGCACCAGAAGACUGGUCUAUGUACAGAAGAAGUGGUGGGCGAACCAAACAAUCAAUGUGGUGAUGGCUUUGUUGGUAACUUGUCUUUUGAUGACAAUGAAGGAUGGAUGCUCGUUACUCGGUGGAAGUCUCGUACGAAGCGCAUUCCGCAACGACAAAAUGCUCAAUCAAAGAAGGAGCGGAGAAAGAGAGGCUCGCACCAACAUUCUAAGAACAAAACCUAA